CGCUUCCUUCGACAUAGCCCCGCCUCCGAUUUUUCCAUGCAUUGGCGCGCUCCGCGGCUCCGCUCCUCCCCGGGUAUCUGAACCCUCCGUAGCCGGCAGCGAGCGCAGACAAAGCAGGCAUGAGCGCGGCGGGUGACGCUCGGGCCGCCUCGGCUCUCGGACCCGUGCAGCAAGGACUGAAGGAGGCUCUGAUCGAGACGCUCACCGCCAUCCUGUCUCCGGUGCAAGAAGUGCGCGCCGCCGCCGAGGAGCAGAUCAAAGUGCUGGAGGUGACAGAAGAGUUCGGCGUUCACCUGGCAGAGCUUACGGUUAACCCUCAGGGAGCGCUCGCCAUCCGUCAGCUGGCGUCUGUCAUCCUGAAGCAGUAUGUGGAGACACACUGGUGCGCCCACUCAGAGAAGUUCAGGCCUCCUGAAACCACAGACCAGGCCAAAGCGGCCAUCAGGGAGCUGCUGCCCAGCGGCCUGCGGGAGUCCAUCAGCAAAGUGCGCUCCAGCGUGGCCUACGCCGUGUCGGCCAUCGCCCACUGGGACUGGCCCGAGGCGUGGCCGCAGCUCUUCACCCUGCUGAUGGAGAUGCUGGUCAGUGGGGAUGUGAACGCUGUUCACGGGGCCAUGAGGGUCCUCACGGAGUUCACUCGAGAGGUGACCGAUACUCAGAUGCCGCUGGUGGCUCCAGUCAUCUUACCUGAAAUGUACAAAAUCUUCACCAUGGCUGAGGUUUACAGCAUCCGUACCCGUUCCAGAGCCGUGGAGAUCUUCACCACAUGUGCUAACCUCAUCUGUGCUAUUGAAGAGCUUGAAAAGGGCGCAGCUAAAGCCCUGAUCUUCCCGGUGGUGCAGCAGUUUACUGAAGCGUUCGUGCAGGCUCUGCAGAUGCCUGAUGGGCCUUCGUCUGACAGCGGCCUCAAGAUGGAAGUCCUGAAGGCGGUAACGGCUUUAGUGAAGAACUUCCCAAAACCGAUGGUGUCGUCUAUGCAGCAGAUAUUGCCCAUCGUCUGGAAUACACUGACUGAAAGUGCAGCUUUUUAUGUGAGAACAGAAGUCAACUACACUGAGGAAGUGGACGACCCCGUCGACUCGGACGGCGAGGUUCUGGGGUUCGAGAAUCUGGUCUUCAGCAUCUUUGAGUUCGUCCACACGCUGCUGGAGAACAGCAAGUUCAAGAGCACCGUGAGGAAGGCUCUGCCCGAGCUCAUCUACUACAACAUCCUCUACAUGCAGAUCACCGAGGACCAGGUUAAAGUGUGGACGGCGAACCCUCAGCAGUUCGUGGAGGACGAAGACGACGACACGUUCUCCUACUCCGUCAGGAUCUCUGCUCAGGACCUGCUGCUGGCUGUAGCUGCAGAGUUUCAGAAUGAGAGUGCAGCGGCGCUGGCAGCAGCUGCAACCAGACACCUCCACGAGGCGGAGCAAGCUAGGAACAGCGGCAAUGAGCACUGGUGGAAGAUUCACGAGGCCUGCAUGUUGGCCCUCGGCUCAGUCAAGACCAUCAUCACGGAGAACGUGAAGAACGGACGAAUCCAGUUCGACAUGCACGGUUUCCUGGCCGGCGUCAUCCUCGCCGAUCUCAACUUGACCGCGGCGUCUCCGUUCCUCCUCGGCCGGGCCCUGUGGGCGGCCAGUCGCUUCACGGCCGCCAUGUCUCCUGAGCUCAUCCAGCAGUUUCUCCAGGCCACGGUUAGCGGCCUCCAUGACAGCCAGCCGCCGUCCGUCCGCAUCUCGGCGGUCAGGGCCAUCUGGGGGUACUGUGAUCAGUUGAAGCUGUCGGAGAGCACGCACGUCCUCCAGCCUUUCCUCCCCAGCAUAUUGGAGGGUCUGGUCCAGCUGGCUGCACAGUUCAGCUCAGAGGUGCUGACACUCGUCAUGGAGACGCUGUGCAUCGUCUGCACCGUGGACCCGGCCUUCACCACCAGCGCCGAGAAUAAGAUCUGCCCGCUCACAAUCGCCAUUUUCCUCAAAUAUAACAACGACCCCGUGGUGGCGUCCCUGGCCCAGGACAUCUUUAAGGAGCUGGCGCAGAUCGAAGGCUGCCAGGGACCCAUGCAGAUGCGCCUCAUCCCCACGCUGAUCAGCAUCAUGCAGGCGCCACCUGAUAAGAUCCCCUCUGGACUCUGUGCUAACUCCAUAGAGAUCUUGGCCACCGUGGUGCGAAACACAAAGCCUCCUCUGUCAGAGCUGUUGGUGUGUCAGGCUUUCCCCGUGGUGGCACAGUGCACCUUACGCACCGACGACCACACCGUCAUGCAGAACGGAGGCGAGUGUCUGCGAGCGUACGUCUCUGUGGCCCUGGAGCAGAUCGCCCAGUGGCGGGACGAGCAGGGCAACAGCGGCCUGUGGUACGUCAUGCAGGUGGUCAACCAGCUGCUGGACCCGCGCACCUCCGAGUCCACGGCCGUCUUCGUGGGGAGGCUGGUGUCCACGCUGAUCUCCCGGGCCGGAACCGAGCUCGGAGACCAGCUGGACCACAUCCUCCGAGCCAUUCUGAGCAAAAUGCAGCAAGCCGAGGCGCUGAGCGUCAUGCAGUCUCUCAUCAUGGUAUUCGCCCACCUGGUUCACUCCCAGCUGGAGCCACUGCUGGAGUUUUUGUGCAGCCUGCCGGGUCCGACGGGGAAGCCCGCCCUGGAGUUCGUCAUGACGGAGUGGAUGAGCCGGCAGCACCUGUUCUACGGGCAGUACGAGGGGAAAGUCAGCACGGUGGCGCUGUGCAAGCUCCUGCAGCACGGCAUCAACGCCGACGACAAGCGGCUCCAGGACAUCGUGGUUAAGGGGGAAGAAAUCUACGGCCCCGAAGACGGCAUUCGCACUCGCUCCAAAUCUGCCAAAAACCCAGAGCGCUGGACGAACAUUCCUUUACUUGUGAAGAUCUUCAAACUGAUCAUCAACGAGCUGUCGACCGUGGUGGAAGCCAACGCCAGCCGGGCCAACGCCGCCGACUGGAGCCAAGAUUCCAGCGGGAUGUGGGACGACCAGGAGGAGGAGGAGGUAGACGAUGAAGAGGAGGACGAAGGGUUAGCGGGGCAGCUGCUCUCCGAUCUGAUUUCAUCGAACAAAUAUGACGACGAUUAUUACGAGGAUGAUGAGGAAGAUGAUCCAGAUGCCUUGAAGGACCCCAUUUAUCAGAUCGAUCUGCAGGCGUACCUGUCAGACUUUCUGACACAGUUCGCACAGCAGCCAUGUUACAGCAUGUUUUCAAACCACCUCAACAACGCUGAGAGACAAACCCUGCAGUCUAUAGGCCUGUAGUCUCGCCGUUUGAUCCUCUCAUCGCCCUGAAACGUUGCUUGUGAUGAGUUUACGACGGACUGCAAGGCAGGAGGGGAGCGAGUCGGGAAAAGUACAUAUGCACUUAACAUGACCUCCUUAUUUUUUUACUUUAUACGAACGAUGGGAUGAAGGAGCUCCCUUGACGUUAAGAGACGACACCAGUCUCUAAAGAAAGGUCAAACAUUGUUCGCUUUGGGAGACCUUCAGCGGGGACAAGAGAAGCAGACGGCCUUCACUGGGGGAAGGACUUAUGAAUCUCAUCGCCCGGGCCAACUGUUUAAUUCCCCCCCCCCCCCCGUUUGUAAUUUAGCCGCUCAUAUUUGUAUUUCUGUGAAUGCAAAGUGGAAAUGCAACGUGGCGAACUCUUCCAAAAGACUCGACACUGUCUGAAGGAAAUAAUUUUAGGGGGAAAGAGUCUUCGGUGGCCUUAUAUUCCAGAAAACGGUAACUGUUUGACAGGAAAUGCAAAACUCUUAAACCAGCUGUCAUAUCUCGGGAUUGGGUGGGUGUUUUGGGGAAGUCACCCUGUUGCCAUUUUGAUUCAAUGCCUUGUCAUUUCAUUGUAUCUAUUGAAGUUUAGAAUAAAGUUGUUUCUAAAUAAG